CUUGUCUGUCACCAGAAAUUUAAUCAAGAUGUUCUGUCCCCAUCUCACACACGCACACCAGCAGUCGACCAAGAGUUAAAAUAAACCAGCAGACAAGAAUUUCCUUUGAUAACAGAAUUGGCAGCAACCCAGUGGUUGCUUGCCAACAGUCUUUACUUACAAAGGGAGGUUUAUCUCCUCCGACCAAAAAUAUCAAAGUCCACAAAAGCCAAAGAAUAGUCAAGUCCAGUCCAAAAAAUCAGUCCAAGCAGAGCAUAUAACAAAGUUCCAGAAAUGCAGAAUGACUUGCUAGCUUUCAGUUUUGUCCGUCACAAAGCCUGAAUGGCCACCACACCCCCUUUUAUCCCCUGUGGGGUGUGGUCCAGUGACUCAGCUUAAUCUCUGGCACACCUCCUUCUCUGCUGCGCACGCUUGUCUUUCCGACGCUGUCAAGGAGCCAGCCAAGACUUAUCUCCGUUGCAGUCUAACUGCGGCUGCUCGGAAAUGCCUGGCUCCUGGCCUAUCUCUUCUCCUUCGGAAGACACCUGACGCAUUGCCAGAAAGGAGGGUCCUGGAGAGGGAGGCCUUGCCAACUCCUCUCCUUCACUUUUGAAGUCUUCUCUCUCCGAUAAGACGGGCUCGGGGGUCAGAGUCACAACAGGAACAAAGGAAGGAUGGCUUCCAUUUAGAAGAUGGGGAGGUUGGCCAGAUUAAUGGCUUUGGCAGGCAGUAUCCACCCCACGCGCCGUAGUUUGAGGACCCCUGGUAUAUAUCAAGCUCAAGAUAAACGAAAAGCCCUAGAGGAAACCAUGACUUUCACAGUUCAGUCAUUAGCCAGCGUGACCUAUCAAAUCAAUAACCUAGCCAGAAACAUCCUCAAAAUAUUUGAUUUGCAGACUACCCAUCUCCAACAAGUGGAAGCCAACGUUUGUUCCAUUGAACAGGUGAUAGAAAUGCAUAAGGAGAAAGUGUCCCGUCGUGAAAUUGGGACGCUUACUGUUUGCAAGACAUUUCCUCCCUAUCAGAAAAUCAUUUACCCAAAGAAACUUGAGCCUUUGCAGCCCUAUUACAGGAAACCACUGGACUUCAGCACUCUGGAUGACAUUGGCCAUGGGAUCAAGGAUCAAAGCACACAGCUGGCCAAAACGGGGACUCUAUCAAGGCGAUCAAUCAAGUCCUCGGCUGGGCUGUCACCUGGAACCCUUGGAAGGAGCCAGAAGGUCCUAGAAGCAAUUCCACCACCGCUCAUCCCUGAAGGCCAACUCUCAUCAGCUUCAUCUUUGUCGUCCAUAAGUAACCUUCCAGAAGCUUUGAACAUCACAAGUAUGAAAGUGCCUUCUGAACCAGAUCCACCACCACCACCACAGGAAGCAGAUGAUUUUCUUCUCCCUUCUCAAACAGAUUUUUUGCCACCUCCUCCUGUUCAAGCAGAAGAUGUUCUUCCUCUGCCUUACCCUGAGACAGAUCUUGAUUUUCCAACUUUUCCUCUACCACCAUCCCUGGACAAUUCCAACUGUGGUCACCUGAAGCCACCUCUUCUGCCACCUCCACCACCCCCAAAGAAAUUCUCGUGGGCUCCAGACACCUAUCUGGAGAAAGUUGUGACUCUUUACCCUUAUGUUCAGAAGAAGGAGGAUGAACUCUCAUUCACAGAAGGGGUCAUUAUUUACGUGACACAGAAAUACUCAAAUGGCUGGUGUAAGGGUGUGACGAGUGAUGCAGAAGGGUUGUUCCCAGGGAACUACACUGAACCUUUGCAAUGAAUGAGGCAGAAUGAAACAGGAAAAAAGACAGGAUCCUAGCACAAGUUUUAUGGAGAGCAUGGAGUAGUCCCACAGGGAGAUAGGCUGCAAAUAAAUUUAACGAAUAAAUUUAUGUAUAUCCUAGUUUAAGUUGCCAGGAAAUCAGUAUUUCCCUGACUUACUUAAGCUUGGCUAAAAUCAAGCUAGUGAAAGGAAGGUGUCAAGAGUACUUUGGAAAUUUUCCUAAAUCCAUUGCAAUAUAAACACAGGAUUUAUGGUUCCUCUUUCUCUGUAGUGCUUCACAAAGCCUAAAAUCUUGCCCAGCAGUUAAUAAAGAGCCCAUCAGGGCUAAUUUCUAUCCUUACAAAAACAGUGAUUGAUUAGAAUUCUGAGGUUGGGUUUGCCCAUGUUUGACAAAUGUGAUAAAUAAAUGAAUCUAGCAACAAAUGUCUACUAUUAUAUAGAAAAUAAACAUGCAAUAAAAUAUC